GCGGGAUAUCCGCAGUAGUAAGCUAACUAAUAACAUGGCGAAGACUUACGAUUACUUGUUUAAACUUCUUUUAAUCGGCGAUUCAGGCGUCGGAAAGACCUGUGUGCUAUUCAGAUUUUCAGAGGACGCCUUCAACUCAACGUUUAUCUCCACUAUAGGUAUUGACUUCAAGAUCAGAACAAUAGAAUUAGAUGGAAAGAAGAUCAAGCUACAGAUAUGGGAUACAGCAGGACAGGAGAGAUUCAGGACCAUCACGACAGCCUACUACAGAGGAGCCAUGGGUAUCAUGUUAGUGUAUGACAUUACCAAUGAGAAGUCCUUUGACAACAUCAAGAACUGGAUACGAAAUAUAGAAGAGCAUGCUUCAGCAGAUGUGGAAAGGAUGGUCCUUGGGAACAAAUGUGAUGUCAAUGACAAGCGACAGGUGUCCAAAGACAGAGGAGAGAAGCUGGCACUGGAGUAUGGUAUCAAAUUCAUGGAAACCAGUGCAAAGGCAAAUAUCAAUGUGGAGAAUGCCUUCUUAACCCUUGCCAGAGACAUCAAAGCAAAAAUGGACAAGAAGUUGGAGGGCAACAACCCACAGGGUAGCAGCCAAGGAGUAAAGAUUACAGAACAGCCCAAGAAGAGCAGUUUCUUCCGCUGUACGCUCCUGUAAGGAGACGGGAGCGUCGGCAUCCACCGUCGCCUUAACUGUGUCCCCCACUGGACAGAACUGGACAGAGCACACUCUGAUCUCUCUUUUAUCUUCCUUCACUUGUCUGCUUCCCUCUUUCUGAUUAUCCUAUGCUUAUCUUGUAGGAAAAACAAAAGUUUAACGCUCCCUUGGUCUUCCUUUGACACCUGUGAAAACUACUGUGGCCUCUGUUACAUGCUAUAUCUGAUUUUCUUUUUUUCUUUUUUUUUUUUUUUUUUUUACAGUCGCUCAUUAGUUUGACCAACUGUUUCACCUCGAUUCCUUAGUUUUUAUUGACUUUUAAAGACUUCCUCAAGAAACGAUCAAAACUUUACUACUAUUGAUGCCUAGCCGGUUUCUGUCACCUGCUGUCAGUGUCGCUUGGCAUCUUAUUUAUUCAAUCCUUUUUCGCUGAAAGCAAAUUAUGCUUCCAGAAUAGGUUUACUGGUCCAAUGGGCAUCCUAAUUUCAAAUAUACCCCCAUCUGUCGAAUAAUGUGACCUAUGUUUCCAAGUUGAGUACAAUCCCAGCAGAUUACUGUUUUUUGGAACGAUUAUGCUACAUUUGUGUCCUGACUGGGUGGCCUAGACUUAUAUAUAGACUUUUAUAUAUCCACAUAAGGUAAACACAACAUGUAAAUAUCUAUCACUGGUUACGAUUCCACAUACGAAACAGUAGAGCCAGCACAUUUUACUCAUUAUAUCAACAUUCAGGUUUACAGUUCCUCUUUUCACCUUUUCUUCAAGUGUCUUUCUGUUGAUUUCUUAGCCUGAAACAUUCCAUUCCUCUUGUGAACAGUUUGUAAUGUGUAAGUGGGGCCCAGAUUUUGUCUAUCUUAAGUAUUCACAUGGUUGCAGUAAGACUGGGUUCUCCACAAAGUAUGCAUGUUUUAAGGGCACACAUUCCUUUUGUAGUUGCUUACCUCAUUUUAGGCAUUGCCGUUUCUAUGGAUGAGAAAGAUGUGAUUUGUGUGAGGUAGGCAGUUAUAUGAUGCACUUCAACCGGUGGACUAGCAAUACCUGACUCUGACACCUGGUGGCGAUACAGUUACACAUCAGCGGCACAGAAGGAAUCACAGCGAUGAUGAAAUCAUUGUUUUAUUCAUUCAUACUUCUUCCAGUUGUCGGUUCCAAUGGGGGAACAUGCACACAACUGUUUUUCUGGGCCUUGGAUAGGGGCUGUGCUGUAGCAGUAUUUAUGGAGUGAAACAAAAACAUAGCACCAAAAUGACAAAGUGCCCUUUAAUGUUCUUAUUGAUAAUGCACUUUUCUUCUGUUCUUUCUGUAAAAAAAAAAAAGAAAAGAAAAAAAAUUUAUAACAUUCAUUGACUAUGUUUGUU